GUAUUGGACAACAACUUUUGUGCGAGUUCUUCAAAUCAAGCACAAAUUCGGGUUGCUUCGUUGCGUUUGGGCAGUGAAAAGCGGUUUAAAAACCUGUCUGAUGUAAUUGAGAACUGCAAACAGAGCACCAAUGAGUAAAAUGACGCGGUACAGUGAGGCAAAGUCUGUGAAGGUGGACAACUGGGGGGUUUUCUUUUUGCAAAAGUUGCAGAACUUUUUCAACAAAACGGACCACUGCGACCUGACGCUUCAGUUCAACGACAACUCGCAGCUGAAAGUGCAUCGGCUGGUGCUAUCCGCUUGCACGGACUAUUUCAACCAUCUUGAGAACGUGUGUGAAAUGUACGACGAUGUACUGAUAAUGCCCAUGGACUUGCAGGCCGAUGUGAUCGUGCCAAUCGUCAACUUUAUGUACACCGGCACGCUCGAAUUUCAGUACACCAUGUACGAGCGGCUGCUUAAAACGGCCACCGAUAUGAAUAUGACCGUUUUGUUGAAGUUGCUCGAAGCACAUCGCCAAACGUCUCGCAUCGCCAAGCAACCGGUCCUACUGAACAAGCAGGCGCCACGUCCAGGCGGGGCUCGGACCGUUGCCCCGAAUGCCUAUCAAACGGCCGCGCAGCGCAAUGCACCGAUUGCAAGGGGCAAUGCAGGAGUAAAGCCACGACAGCCGCUGAUGCGUCAUCAGAUUGGCCCUGUUUCUGGGACAUACGGUGCAGGCAAGCAGGGACUGCAGGACACUUCGGCGAUCGUGUCAAAGUAUAGUCACACCAAGGAUGCGAAGCCAGGACCCUCGCGAUUCGACGAUACGGACCUUUCGGAAGGUUUCGAAGGAUCGUUCGAUGCGAUUUCUUAUGAGAGCAAACCGCUGCUAACCGCUGAUCAGGUGAAAAAGGAGGAAGAAACGUCGCCAUUCGAAAAGUUGCGCAAGGGUUACACGAACACGAAUGUAGCCAAGCGAUCCUCCGGUGGUUCAGUAACAUCUCCGCCGGCCAAAAAACCGAACCUGGAUGAGGUCAAGGAAUUCACCGAGGCGGCCCGCAUGCGCAGCCAAUUAAACACGGAUGACGAUGAUUCCGCUGAUUACGUCGAUGACGAUACGCACUUUAACGACGACGAUGACGAAGAUUAUCAGCCACCGUCUUCGGUGAAAGCGGCACUGGCCAAGUCGCAGGCGGCCAAACAGAUCGUCAUAAAGCAAGAGACAAAAUCGCCCUCCGGUGGCGGCGUGGUUAAGCAGAUUACUGUGAAGGAUGAUUCUGGCAACGUUGAUCAUGCGAAAAUCAUCUCGGAGGUUCUUAAGAAGUAUCCACAUCUGGUGAAGAAGAAUAAAAACAUUAAACUCAAAAUCAUGCAAAAAACAACGCCAACCGCUGCCGCAGCUAGUCACUCAGCGACCGCAACGGCAUCAUCAAGCGGCCCGUCAACUAGCAAGAUGGAAAUUCGCACUGCCACUCCCCUGAAGCAGGAUAUGUCGAUGGUUCGCAAAGCUACGGCCACCCUCCGCAGUGAGCAGCUACAGCAGAAACCCACAACUUCGGCAAGCGGUACCGGUGCCACAAAACCACCUCCGAAAACAAUCGACGCGAAAACCAUGCACGCGCUGAUAGCCAAGGGAGCGGAAAACAUGACCGGGCCCUGGCUUUGUCUGCGGUGCGGUGUGAACGGGCGCCCGAUAAGCAUUCCCAGCUACAAGGCGUUCCGAAACCAUCUGGUUUCCAAGCACAAAGAGCGCAUCGAUAACCGCAUCUGCGAACAUUGCGGCUGGAGAGCAGAGAUGCGCCAACCGAACCUGGUUUAUCACUGGUUCAUCGAGCACAAUAUUAAACCCUCGAUAAAGUUCCCCGUGUGCGAGGAGUGCGAUCACGUGGCUAUGAAUCCCGCCACAUUGCAGCAGCACGUCGAGGAAACACAUCAGCAGCAAGAUCGACAACACUGCAUCUACUGCAACAAGGUGUUCGAGAAGGAGUUGGAGUUGUACAAUCACAUGAAGGAACAGCAUCGAGAACGUGCUCGUAACGAUGGUGUGCUCGAUUUUAGCGAUGACGAUGAGUUCCAAGAAGCUGAAGAGAUUCCACCGGCGAAACCAUCGGAUUCGAAGAUAAAAAUCCUUUCCAAUAUCACUCUACCGACGAUCAAUCUGCCGCAAUCGUCACAGAAUGCCGCAAAGACGCCGACGGCGGUGCAACAAAUUGCACUCGAGCCAUCGUCAGAAGCGGAAGCCCUCAGUAACGUCGCAUCAGGAAUUGCCACCAGCCUGCGGCUCGUUGGCGAUAGCGGUGUGGUGAUCGAUGAUCCAAAUUAUCAGAACGAAUUCAUCGAAGCGGAGCUGGCAAGCGUGCACGGUGAGCAUGCUGCCAAUAUCGGCGAUGGCACUGGCACCGGAAGCGGAAACAUCAUCACGAAGCUUCUAUCGGAAGAUGGAACCGAGCUGCAGUUGACACAAUCUCAGAGAGAGGAAAUCAUUUCGCAGCUUCAAAUGAACUCAGCCAGCGUGGUCAUGAUGAACGCCGAUGGUUCGACGCUGCAGCUCAACGACGGUAUGCAAAUCGUCAAUAGCACCGCAGUGCAAAACCAGAACAUCAUGCUAGUGUACAGUAGUAGUGAAGCCGGUGUCGCGGAAACAGCUGAAAAUCACAAGACCGACGUCGUCGCUUCGGAGGAUGAUGCGUCUCAAACCUCUGCAGCACUAUCAGACAAAGCGGCAUCGACGGGCAAACCGGCAGCAGAUGCCGACGAAGGCGAUGAAAGCCAAGAAUCGCUCAAAACCGAUGUGACCGAAAAGGAGGGAGAAGGCGAACUGGGAGAUGACGAGCAUGGUUUGGCGACCGAUGUAGAAAUGUCCGCUGAUACGGUGUCGGAAUUGAACGAAGCGCUACAACACACAACGGCGGAUGAAGCAAUGGAAACGGACGGUGACUCGAAGACAGCCGACUCGGAGGUGAAUAAAUUGGAAGAUACCGAGGAGCGUCAUAGAUCAGAUAAGUUGAAGCUGAUUUCCGAACUGGAAGGCGAUUGGUCGGAGGACACCGAAGAGCCAACGCCGGUAUCUGCAGCUUCAGCAUUAUCCACGGCUUCGACGACGACGACGACUACGACGGUAGUUGAGUCAACAGGGAAGUCAGUCAAAAAAGAUGUUGGCAGCGAGAAGAAAGUGACAUCUUCGGUAAAGGCAAGUGCAACCAAAAAGCCAUCCAACCAAGCCGACAAAAAGAAGGAAGAAGUGAGCAAAGAAGAGGCGGUCAAAGUUUCUGAUGAUAAAUUGUCAGGUAAGGAAAUUGACAAGCUGCUGGAUGAGUGGAACAAUGAAUCAUCGAAAAUGGAAGACUCCGAUAUCGAAGCCGAUCUAGAAAAGAAAAUUGAAAAGGCAACGGGAUUGGCGCCGGAUAACGAUACGGCGCCGGCAAGUAAAGCGACUGUUAAGGCAGAAAAUGAGGACGAGAAGGAUGUAAAAAAGGAAGUAGAGCGAGCGGAUGAAAGUGGAGCGGAUCCGAAGGUAGAUAAUGCUUCGACAAAGGCCGACGUACGCACGACGGCCGACGAUGCAUCGAAGACAAAGAAAAAUGGAACUUCUGUCAAGUCGUCACCGGAAGGGGGAUUAAAAAAAGAAGGAGCUGGUGAGCAGGAUGUGGGCGAAGAGGAAGACCCCGAUGCGGUCGAUGACGACGACAAAGAAAAGUCAGCCUCCAAGUCAAAGGACGUCAGCUCUUUACUUGGCGAAUGGGAUGAAGAUGAUGACCUGUAAAGAGAGGAAGUAAUCAUUAAUGUAGAUUAAAGGCAACAUUAGGGGGGCUGGUAUAUUUUUUCUGUACUUUCUGCUCAACGAUAGGUACGAAUGGGCAAUAUCGUUUGGACAUCUCAUAGGUUUUUUUUUGUGUAGAAUUUUUAUGGUUUUUAUGUCUCGGAUUUUGAACGGAGCUUUUAUAUUGACACUUGGCCAUUUUAAAGUUGAAAGCUUGGGUAAUACACCUUGUUCAAGCCUACAACUUUUUUGAUUUUUCGAAGCAUAACGAUGAUCUUUUUCAACAUAGCAUAAGUUGCCAGAUUAAUUUGAUUGCUAUUAACAUAUUAACAUACAAUUAAAAAGUAAAUCAACUUAUAAAGAAUGAAAAUCGAAAAUGUGUAUGUAAGAUCGGAUAAGAGAUGUAAUAAAAAUUA